AUGGGCUUCGGUGCCAGCAAACCAGACCCUGACUUCCCAUCAAUAACGCCGAUAUUGGUUCCUCGGACACUGAAAGGUUAUCCUGCUCCAAAGCCCUCCAGCUUGAAGAAGUGCGAUUUGGUCAAGUUUGAAAGUUUCUUGACCAUUGAUGCCAGGUCGAAUUUGAUCAUUGUGAGUGACGACACGACCUAUGGUCAGCUACAGGCUUCCCUGACACGCGGUCUUGUCUCAGACUUGGACAAGGUGCGAGCCAUCUUCACCUGGUUGGGUAGCCAGCAGAUCUAUCAGAGCUACUACCCUGGAGUCGUCGACCCCAUGACCCCCAGGGGCUACAUGAAGCUCAUCAAGAAAAACCUGGGCACCUAUACUGAAUUCUUCACAUUGCUAUGCAGAGCCGCAGACAUCCCCUGUGUAAUGAUACGUGGACGAUGUAAGAGUGAGGAUUACGAGGCAGGAGAAGAAAUUCCUGCUCGCAUGUCCUCAAACUGGACGGCAGUCUUUGUGGAUGGAAUAUGGCGUACCGUCCACCCAUCUAGAGCCUACACGGGGAUCAACCGUAGAACCCAGACCAACACACAGACGACCAGUCAAGAACUUCAAGAAAUAGACAACCAUGAAACCAUCAACAAUAACGAUGACAACGUUGUUGAUGAAUUUUUCUUCCUCCCAGAUCCGGAAGAGUUUGUGUAUUUCUGUUUGCCGGAGAAACCCGAAUGGCAGCUUCUCCAGAAGACUUGGACAUUGGAGGACUUCUAUGAUGCACCACAUUUCCACAGUGGUUACUUCUCGUCAGGAUUGAUUCUUUCUAGUGAAAGUGCAUGUUCAUUGACUUCUAAAACGGGGAUGUGCCACAUCAAGUUUAACCACAAAUUCGGGACAGAUGCAAACGUCAGUUAUAUUCUGUUUGUGAAGCAGAACCUCAGUGGGAGAGUCCUCAACAACUCGAAACUCGAAACUUACGUUUGUAAGGACGCCAAAGACGAUCACAUCAACAUAUACGUCCGCCUCCCUGUCAUGGGCGUGUACAAACUUGUCAUAUAUGGAGGACUAACACACAUGCUGCAUCCACUUGUCGGACAUCUUUGA